AUGGAUGAGAUGUUUGUUGGGGAAAUGAAUUUAAAGCAAUGGAUUGCAGACUCACUAGUAUUACCAGUUGGAAAGAUAGAUGAAGUUGUGGAUGCCAAUUUGCUUGGGAUUAGAGCAGAGCAGGAAGAUGAUGAUCAGGUGAGGAAGAAGGAUUUCUUAUCAUCCAUUAAGAGAUUAGCUCUUACUUGCUGUGCAGAAUCACCAGAAGAGAGGAUAAGUAUGAAAGAAGCCAUGCCUUCCUCUUGA